UCGAAAGUAAAAAGCGGCCGCGAAUUGCACACACAACAACGAGCUGAACAAGUUAAUUUUCUGCAUAAAGAAAAAUAAAUGAAAUAAAAGACAAACAUAAGUGCAAAGUGACAGUGUAAUGUCAAUGACAUCCACCAAAUCUCCAGAAUCUAAUAAAAAUCCGUUUUGUAAGCGUCUCUUAGCUUGGUUGAACUGGCAGAAGAGUGAAAAUUAAGAAUACUGCAAUAAGCAAUAAUUCCACCCGGCCCGUUAUUUACAUACAUACAUAGAGAAACUUACAAAAGAAAAGCUUCACGCACGCUCACCAACACACAUCUACAUACACUCAAAACGCACACACCUAUAUAUACAUAUUUAUAUAUAUGUAUAUGUAUAUACAGUACACAGCAACGACUAGUGAACGCGUCAAGUGAAUCAGCGUCUGAUCGUCUCGUCGCUCCCACUCGUAAAAGCUCGCGCUCACGCUCCCUCCCAUCAGCCCGUCAGCAGCAAAAGUCUCUUCAACUCGUUUGGCGGCCUCAACAUGCAGAGCGACUUUCACAGAAUGAAGAAUUUUGCCAACCCCAAAUCCAUGUUCAAAAGCAGCACUGUGUCUGCCGGCACUGAACAGCCCAAUGCUAAUGCUAACACAGUAGCACCUGGUCGUCCAGAUCCAACUCCAACUGGUACUGCUGCUGCUGCUCCUGCUACCGAAGUGGCUUCCAAGAAGGAGGAGGCCAAGGAUGUCGCCGAUCCACAGUCCGAUGAUGGAGCUGUGCGUACCGAGCAUUUGUUUAAACACCCGCUGCAGAACACAUGGACCCUCUGGUAUUUGGAGAACGAUCGCACCAAAUCCUGGGAGGAUAUGCUGAACGAAAUUACCAGCUUCGAUACAGUCGAAGACUUCUGGAGUCUAUACAAUCAUAUUAAGCCGCCAUCUGAGAUCAAAUUGGGCAGCGAUUACUCUCUAUUCAAGAAGGGCAUUCGCCCCAUGUGGGAGGACGCUGCCAAUAAGCAAGGUGGUCGCUGGGUGAUCACAUUGAACAAAAGCUCCAAGAACGAUUUGGACAACUUGUGGCUCGAUGUGCUGCUUUGUUUGAUUGGCGAGGCAUUCGAUCAUUCCGAUCAAAUCUGUGGCGCCGUUGUCAAUAUUCGCGCCAAGAGCAAUAAAAUAUCUAUAUGGACUGCCAAUGGCAACAACGAGGAAGCCGCUCUGGAGAUUGGACACAAGCUACGCGAUGCUCUACGUCUGGGACGCCAAAAUUUGCUUCAAUACCAACUGCAUAAGGACACCAUGGUCAAGCAAGGAUCGAGUGUCAAAUCGAUUUAUAAUUUGUAAAAUUUCGAGCUAGGCUCUCUAAAUUUUGCAACAGUUUUUUAAGUUUUUUGCGUUGGCUUUAUUACCGGUUAUAGCUAAUCCAGUUUAUAGCAACGCAAACAAACUGAUCC